AUGUCCAGUCGAGCCACCUGCCUUGGGCGUCCCGAUGCCGCGCGCGUGGGUGCCUCUUGUCUCGCCUGCGCCGUCGUGCUCGCUCACCGGAUGGCAGUCUACACGUACGCUCCCGGCGCCGCCGAGAUAUGGCUGACUCCCGUCAUGGAGAGGACGUCGGCGGUGCCGCUCCAUCUCGGCCAGCUCUUCGUUUGGCUCGCCUCGACUCCGGCGAAUCCGACGGGCCACACGGCACUUUUCCAUUGGCGUCCUUUCGGCUUCGUCUUCCACGCCGCCUGCUGGGACAUGCUCGGAGCCGUGGCGCCGCCGGCGACUUUCGACCGCGAACUCGUCUUCGCCGUCUUGACCUCCUUUCCGCAGGCGCGAGGCUUGAUCCAGUUCGGCCACGGGUACGGCGGCUUGCACGACGAGCCGUUCUCGACCCAAGCUCGUGCCGAGCACGAGACGACGUCGGAUGGCCCCCUCGAGGAGAAGCCGUGGCCGGUGCCGGGACCGGAGCGGCACGAUCCGCACGUCGUGGCCGAAAUUCGUCGCAUCUUUUCGCUCCUGCGUGACCGAGAGCCUCGGCCGUCGCCGGCGUCCCGCACGCGCCUCCGUCUCGGAACCCAGACGGCCGGCCGCGACCCGUUUCGAAGCUUGCCCGACGAGGUGCUUCGGUGCCUCGUCCACGAACUGGCAUCCCCCGACGUCGUGAGCCUGCGGAGAGCAUCCCGUGCGCUUGCCGGCUUCGACCUCCCCGACAGCUUCUUCCACUCUCGUUUCCGUCGCGGACGAGAGCUCCAGCACGUCAUCGAAGCGCAACGCCCGGGCAUGCGGCGCAUGUUUCGAGGCCGUUGGAAGUCGAUAUACCUCGGUCUCAAGGCCCUGUCCCGGGAAGAUGGCAUGCGGAACAGGGCGAGGGUGUGGCGGAUCCUCGGCUGGUGGUGCGACGUCCUGGCGCAGAUACGCGACCGACACCCCGGCGACAGCUGCAUCGCCGUCGGCGACGCCGUCGACGACGCCGACGUCGACGGGUCCGACGUCGAAUGGGUGGCGGCCGAUCACGUGGUUGAGCUACGCGCCCUUCCGUGCGGCCAGGGCGUGAAGCCUUGCAACAUCAGCCUUUUCCAUCUCGAGGCCGAGUUCGUCUCCGCCCACGUCUCCGUGGUUCGCAUUUCCGGUCGGUGCUGGGUCAGCGGUGUUUGCUUCGAAACGGCCGACGGCUACAUCCAUCCGAUCCAUACGAUGGGGCAUCUCCACCCAAGCCAAAGCCAUCGCCUCGACGCCGGCCCGGACAAAGACGCCCAGCCGGAAGGGUUCCUCGUGGCGCACGACGGCCUCGGCGUGCGCGGCAUCGCCAUCCUCUACGACUCGGGUCAUCAAUCCAACUGGGUUGGCGACCACGCAGGCGUGCCCGUGAGGAAGCUCGUGCUGCCCCGUCGGGACGGCCGCGAGGCGCGGCCCCUUUGCUGGUUCCGAGGCGCCUUCGACGGGCUGAAGAUGAUUUCUCUGGCGAUAUCGGACGGGCACAAGGCCGGCCCGCGCAGGGACACCUCUCGGACGGAGCUGGGACCGUCUCGGGACAAUGCCAGCUGGUUUCCCAGGAUGCCGCCCCCCAACGUGUCGUUUGAAGGAAUAGACCUGCGGGAUUUGCACUCGUCGCCCGGCGGCCAGGGUCGGACGCCGUUCUGCAUCAUCAUGUUCCGUGAGCUGUCCGGCUCGGGCCCGGGCUCGAGGCUCAGGAUCGAAGCACACCAUGGUCGUGGCGGGGCGAUCGUCGGCCUCUCCGUCGCCUUCGUCUCGCCCGCCGGCAGCCACGCACCGGAGACGAUGGGCUCCCGGGAAGCACCGGAGGCGUCGGGCUCCCGGGAAGUACCGGAGGCGUCGGGCUCGCCCGCCGAAUGGUACGACGACGAGGGGCACUCGAGGAGAACGAGCUUCUUCGACGUGCACCACGCGCGCGGCGAGGCUUUGGUGGGCCUCGACACGAGAUACAGCGGCACCGUCGGCCUCGAAGGCUUUCAGGUGAGAAAUCGCCACGGCGCGGCGGCGGGAGGAGCACAUGCUGAGAGGCUAAUCGACAGCUUCUCACGAAUUUUGGCCGCAGGCAAGCCUUUGGGUACUUGGCCAAGGCGCCCGGGCCAGAGGGAAUGCACCGUCGUCCGAACCGACGGGUUCGCGUGA